GCGGAGUGGCGCGCCGUCCUCUCGCGCUGCCCGGCCUGCGGCCGCCAUGGGGUGCGAGCGCGGCGCCGCCCUGCUGUUGCUGCCGCUUGCCCUGCAGCUCUGCCCGGGCCGUGCCGCGCCGCCCGCGCCUCGAGUUAUUGAUCUUCUUCCAUAUGCCAACAAGAGAGUGGUAACAAGCUUCAUGCAAGAAGCACUUGGGGAUCCUAUGCUGAAUGAAGUGUUCUUGCUCUCAGCGUUCAAACUGCAGCCAAAGAGCACAGCCACCGUAUUUGGUCUGUAUUCACCAGCUGAUGACAGGCAGUAUUUUGAGUUUGCAGUGAUGGGACGGAUGAGUAAAGUGGUGCUUCGCUAUCUGAAGAAUGAUGGGCGGUUGAACUCGGUGAUUUUUAGUAACGUACACCUGGCUGAUGGGAAACCCCAUGCUGUCAUCUUGUGGCUGAGUGGCCUGCAGCGGGAACUGUGUACAAUAGAGUUGUAUCAGGACUGUUUGCAAGUAGGUGCCAUUCAGGACCUGCCAAAAGCAUUUUCGACUCUAUCAGAGAGAUCAGCAGCAGUGGAGUUACGCACCCUCCAGAAGAAACCAGAGGAUACACUGGAUGAGCUGAAGCUGGUAACUGGAGGAACGCUUGCCCAGGCAAGAAACCUGCAGGACUGUUUUCUUCAACAGAUUGAAUCUGCUCCUCAGUACACUGGUGAUUUUAAUAGGCAGCUGAUGAGUCAGAUGGUGCAGAUGAACCAGAUACUGGGAGAGGUGAAAGACCUUCUCAAACAGCAGGUCAAGGAAACAACUUUUUUGAGAAAUACCAUAGCUGAGUGCCAAGCAUGUGGUUUGGGAACUAUGAACUUUCCAACUCCACUUCCUAGGCAAAGCAAACCCAAAUGCGAAACAAAUUCCUGCUUCAGGGGAGUCAGGUGCAUGGAGACAGCUGAAGGAAUUCAGUGCGGCCCCUGCCCUGAAGGGCUCACAGGGAACGGAGUGACAUGCUCUGAUAUCGAUGAGUGUCGUUACAGCCCCUGCUUCCCUGGAGUGCGUUGCUUGAAUACUGCUCCAGGUUUCCGAUGUGAGACCUGUCCCCCGGGAUAUACAGGACAAACUUUGCAAGGAGUAGGACUCAGCUAUGCCAAGAACAAUAAGCAGGUCUGUUUAGACAUUGACGAAUGUCAGAAUGGUGGGCGUGGAAUCUGUGUUCCAAAUUCCCAUUGUAUAAACACUCUGGGCUCUUAUCGCUGUGGCCAGUGCAAAUCAGGAUACACAGGAGACCAAGUCAGGGGAUGCCAGGCUGAGAGAAGCUGCAGAAGUCGAGCCCUCAAUCCAUGCAGUGUCCAUGCCCGAUGUAUUGAGGAAAGGCGAGGAGAGGUGACAUGUAUUUGUGGCAUUGGCUGGGCUGGUGAUGGUUAUAUUUGUGGAAAAGAUGUUGACAUUGAUGGCUACCCUAACGAAGAGCUCUCUUGCCCUGCUGAAAGCUGCAGAAAGGACAAUUGCAAGUUUGUACCAAACUCUGGACAGGAAGAUGCUGAUGAUGAUGGGAUUGGAGAUGCCUGUGAUGAAGAUGCAGAUGGGGAUGGCAUUCCCAAUGAGCAGGAUAACUGUGUCUUGACUCCCAAUGUUAACCAGAGAAAUAGUGAUGAAGAUAUCUUUGGAGACGCCUGUGAUAACUGCCGCAGUGUCCUGAAUAAUGACCAAAGGGACACAGAUGGUGAUGGGAAAGGAGAUGCUUGUGAUGAUGACAUGGAUGGAGAUGGUAUUAAGAACCUUUUAGAUAAUUGUCAGAGGAUCCCCAACCAAGACCAAGAAGACAAGGAUAAUGAUGGUGUUGGUGACGCCUGUGACAGCUGUCCUGCAGUCAGCAAUCCAAACCAGUCAGAUGUUGACAAUGACCUAGUUGGAGAUUCUUGUGAUACCAAUCAGGACAGUGACGGUGAUGGGCACCAGGAUAGCACGGACAACUGCCCCACCAUUAUCAACAGCUCCCAGCUGGACACAGAUAAGGACGGGCUGGGUGAUGAGUGUGAUGAGGAUGAUGAUAAUGAUGGCAUUCCUGACCUCUUGCCACCAGGCCCUGACAACUGUAGGCUGGUUCCCAACCCAGGGCAGGAAGAUGAUAAUGGUGAUGGAGUUGGGGAUGUCUGCGAGUCUGAUUUUGACCAGGAUACAGUAAUUGAUCGGAUUGAUGUCUGCCCUGAGAAUGCAGAAAUCACCCUGACGGACUUCAGGGCCUAUCAGACAGUGGUGCUGGACCCAGAGGGAGAUGCACAGAUUGACCCCAACUGGGUGGUUCUGAACCAGGGCAUGGAAAUUGUGCAGACUAUGAACAGUGAUCCUGGCCUUGCUGUUGGUUACACAGCUUUUAACGGUGUUGACUUCGAGGGCACUUUUCAUGUGAACACAGUGACAGAUGACGACUACGCUGGUUUUAUUUUUGGCUAUCAAGACAGCUCUAGCUUUUAUGUGGUAAUGUGGAAACAGACUGAACAGACAUACUGGCAAGCAACUCCCUUCAGAGCUGUUGCAGAGCCUGGCAUUCAGCUGAAGGCUGUGAAAUCAAAGACGGGCCCUGGUGAACACCUGCGCAACUCCCUGUGGCACACGGGGGACACCAGUGACCAGGUCAGACUGCUGUGGAAGGACCCUCGAAAUGUAGGGUGGAAAGACAAAGUCUCCUACCGCUGGUUCUUGCAGCACAGACCUCAGAUUGGGUAUAUCAGGGCAAGAUUCUACGAAGGCUCUGACCUCGUGGCAGACUCUGGUGUAACUAUAGACACCACAAUGCGUGGAGGACGGCUUGGAGUUUUCUGCUUCUCUCAGGAAAACAUUAUCUGGUCCAACCUGAAAUAUCGCUGUAACGCUGUGAAAUGCCUCCCCUGACAGCAGUAAGGCGCUGCAGCCCAGCCAGAUGAGAACUAACACCCCGCAACUACUCCUCCAAGAGCAGUUGUUGUGCUGCAGAGAUUGUGCUAAGUAGUAUAGCUGUCAUCAGAGAAUUAGAAAUGUUAUUUAAAACCAGCCAACCGUGAGAGUCGUACAUGCACAACGCACUGAGGUCAUUGUGCAUGCAGGGUGCCUCAAGCUCUGAAAACAAGGUGAAGCCAGUCUGGAGAUCUGGUGGGAUCAGCCACCAGACAUCAGUGUCAUUUGCGUACUGCUGGUUGCUCCUGUCAAUGAGUGGACAAGCUUGUAAGAUGCCUGUAAGGUUGGAGUCCUUCUCAGGUGGUGGGAGCAUGCUGGCUUUCCACAUAGGGUAAGAUCCUCAGCUCUGCCCUGAUCUCCCACCAUAUUGAAUAAACCCAGUCUUGGUCACUCACACGGAAGCUGGUUGUGUUGGGCUAUUUCUGCCCCAUCAGCACUUGAUCUAGCUUCAAGUAGAGGUACUAGGGGCAGACCCUUGUCUCAGCAUCACCCCCUGCCUGCCUAAGGCAAUAUAGGAAAAUAAGUUAGCAGCCAAGCUGGUCUAAUUUCUUCACUUCCCAUGGAUUAGGAAGCCAAACCUGAGACUGUGGUGGACACAGCUGCUGUACAGACAAGACCCCAGCUCAGCAGCUUGUUCAGGUGACAGACCUUGGUUCUCGAGCACUUGGAUUCACAGGCUGGUGUUUGUGAGUGACAGUUAAGCAGAUGCUUAUAAGUAAAGAUUACUUGAUAAGAGUUUCAAACAGUAUGUGCUUUCCCAGAAAGCAUGCUUCAACGAUGAGGAUACUUUUCCUUGAAGUGAGCAGGCAGUGGCUUUGCUGUAGGUACUGCAGUGGCUCAGUGAAGUCCACACAAGGAAGUCUGUGGAACUUCCAGCAUCCCUUUCAUAUUUUAGUAAACAUCUUUCAUUUGUGGAAAAAUCUUGAGAAGAAUUCUCAAUGCUUAGAAGUUAUGAAACCAACAGACGGAAAAAGCAGAAUACUUGCUACUUUCUUUCCUAAAUAUUGUUUGUUGAUAAAGUUAUUUCCUUUUCUGAGUUCAGAGAUACCUGCCCUGCGUCAGGGUGGAAAGAAUCAGAUCAAAGUGGGGCCUGGGUAGUUCAUCUUCACUGCUGAACUCUCUGCUUGGCUGCUGCUUCAGCUCUCCUGUUGGCUCUGUGUGCCUGGGUGACACAUUCUGGCGUCUGGAAAAGGGAAACUCCAAACUCAACAUCAGCCAGAACUGCAACUACUCGUAGAACACUGACCCAUCUCCAGCUUCCUUUGCCACUUUUGAAGUUUUGUUUUGUUUUGGUUUUUUUUUGCUACUGGUCCUCAGAUUAAUGUUUCCUCUUGUGGCAUGAAAAGCCAUCAUGGGAAGUUGAACUGGGAUCCCUGAGAAACAGAGGAGCUGGUACUGUGCGCGUGUCUGAGGUACAAAGCAAGACACCUAUUUUUUUCCACCUUUCUGGUCAGCUUUUUUUUUUUAUCCCAAAUGUAACAGCAGAAGCCACCAAAUUUUGUGGUAAAAAUAAAUACCAUCUGAAGGUUGGUAGCUCUCUGGUUGGACUGACACUGCAGCAUGCGCUGUCCUGUGAGCCCCUCUGCUUUUCAGUGGCAUACACUAAAACUGAGAGCAGUCCCAGUUCAUUCUUAAUGUGUAAACAAAAGACCGGGCACGUUACCUAAAAAGACGCAGCUGAGUAAUUCAUUAGUGUAAGUUCUUCAUUUUGUCAGAAGGAGACUGAUCUUUCCUGUGUUUUCCUGCUUUCAGACACCAUCCCAGAGGACUUUCAAGAAUUUCAAGCUCAGCAAUUUGGCGUUGGGGAUAUUUAAGAAGUAAAAGCAAACUAGUAUUGCUUUAUUGUUUGCAAUAACAAUGUAUCCUUAUAUGAUUGUUGUAAGAGUGCACACUGCAGCUUGUUCUUAUUGAUGUGAUUAUGUCAGACUUUUUGUAUAAAAGUGAAAAUAAAAAGGAGACAAAAACA